AGCUCGGCCAUUAAUAAAUGCCGUCGAACAAGACGAAGCCCACCCAGCUUUCGCCCAUGGCGUGAAGCAAUCGAAUCGCCGACGAAGCUCCUCCUCCUCCUCCUCCUCGUGCGGCGCCCUCCUCCGCCCCCUCAAUUCGAUCGAUGACGACGCCGAUGGUGGCGCUGAAGCCGCUCAUGCUCAAGGAGUACCUGGAGCUCGACCACGACGACGACGACGGCCUCGUGCUCGGCGGCGGCGACGUUGUCACCGUCCGUAGCCUCCUCGACGGCGAACUUCGCAAGAAGACGGCCGGGAGAAGCGCCGCCGUCCAAGACGCGGAGACGGCCAACGGGAAUGCGCUCGGUAAAUUCUCCGCCGUCAUCGAGGCCGUCAAAAGGCGCUGCCUGCAGGCGGCGCGCUCGGAGCGCACCGCCUUCUCGGUGCUCUCCUGGAAGAGGAAGAAACAGAGGCCGGAGGCGGAGCUGAAAUCCGCCACAGUCGAAGACGCCACGUGGGCGAACCCCGUCCGGUGGCAGCCCCUCCGAUUCGUGUCGCCGGUCGCCGCCUCCCCUGUCCUCGCCUACGACCCAGCCACCGCCUCCGGCGAAACCAAGAAAGAAUACUCGUCAUCCCCCUCAUCGUCGUCGCAGCCAUCAGAAAACGAAGAAGAAGAAGCCACCAUCGCCAGCACCACCGCCACCCCCUCGCCGGCGACGGAAGUCGACGGAAAGGUUGGACCGGGUCCAGUUUUGAUACUGAAGGAGGAUGAAGAGGAAGAGGAGUUCUAUAGAAGCCUCGACUCCAUUGAAAGGACGACGGAGCAAUUGCUGCACCGGAUCCGACGGUUCGAAAUGCUUGCGGAGCUGGACCACGCGGCGGAGUGCUGCUCCCGGUCGUCGGACGGAGAAUACGAAGAGGAGGAGGAGGAGGAGGAGCGGGCGUGGGAGCUGCUUGGCCGGCUGAAGGCCAACCCGCCGCCUCGCGGCGGGGAGAAGCUUCUGCUGGACUUCUUCAUCCAAGGCGGCAAAGCGGGCGGCGUCGUCAUCUCAUUGAGGCAGCGACUGCGGCAGGGUGCAACGACGACGACGGAGAUGCUCUGCUCCGCCAGGCGGUGGAUCGACGGGCGGCUGCGGGGGGAGGCGGAGCAGCACAGCGGCCACGGGGAGGCAGCCACCCUGAGGGAGAUGGAGAAGGACGGACACUGGAGAUGCUUCCACGAGGAGGAGGAGGAGCUGGGCCUGCAGGUCGGAGACGAGAUGCUUCAGUCGCUGGUGGAAGAACUAGUGAAAGAAUUAGCAUAACAAUUGCAAUAAAGACGAUGAUUAAGAAUUUCUUUUUGCUCUUUUCAUUCUUUGAUUCACAGAUGGGGAUUGUAUAGUCGAUUCUGCUGGUUCAUCAAUCAAGAACAAUGUUCUGCUAA